AUGGACGAAGCCCGCGUGCACUCGGCGGCUAACUGGCUCCAUGGAGCGCACCAGCUGAGUGAUGCGCUUCAAGAGUACGGGCCGCCGUUGCCGGAAGGCCUCUCCGACACGCUGCACUCUGCGUGGGAGAAGCUGCCGUCGUGGACAAGCCCGCCGCCACAGACGCCGCCUGUGCCAACCAAAUCCUGGGUCGUCGUGCCUCGCGCCACCACAGUCGCGGCGGUGGCCGCCACCGCUGCGGCCGUCGGCCUGGGCCUCGUGCUCGUGCCGCGGGCUUAUACGUACUGGACCUCAUCGGCCCCGCUCCGUGGCGCCAUCGCCGCGGACGGCGCACGCAACGAGGCUGUCAUUGUGCUCGGUGGUGAUACGCCACUCGGGCGCGCCCUCGUGCUGCAUCUCGCUGCGCGCGAGCUUAUUGUGCUCACGUCCGUGGCAACCAAUGAUGCGCGUGUGGACCUUGAGCGCGCCGUGCCGCCGGCCUCCCAGGGCUAUGUGCGCGCCUUUGUGUGGGACGUAACGUCGGCCACCGAGAAAACCGAGUCGCAGUGGGUGCACACUGUGCACUCGACGCUGUGCCUGCGCUUCCCGCUAAACAGCCCCGGCGACCCGUACCCCAAGCCCGGCCAAAAUGUGCGCCUCAUUGGCGUUGUGAAUACGCUCAGCUUCCUUGCAGAUGUGCCGCACCAUGCGCCGAUGCUCGGCGGGGGGCCACUCCCGCAGCUCGGGCAGGACGACUUGGACCGCGCACUGCAUCGUCACGUCACUGUGCCGCUCAGCAUGCUCCGCCGCCUGCUCCAACUCGCGAUCCCCUCGCCAAACCGCUCGCCCAGCGAUGGACCAGCUCUCCUCGUCCAUAUCGUAUCUAUGCCCGGCAAAAAGCUGGGCGUGCGGGCGCGUGGCGCCGCCCAUGUCGUGGCGCAGGCUGCGCAAGCCGGUUUUGAGACGAUGCGCCGCGAGCAUGUGCAGGGCGAGCGCGCACCGACUGCGACUGCAGGCCCCUCGCGCCCAGUGCACUGGACCACGUUCCGCGUCAGCACCGAGGCCAAGGUCCAGCUCGUUCUGCGCCAGGUCGCCGAUACUCUCCUGCGCCAGCGCCAGCCGAGCACCUGGUGGUGGCCCGCGUGCCGCCGCGUGUAUACAUUUUCGGGGCCCUCUUGGUGGCGCGCGCUCUUCCAUCGCUGGGGCAGUGCGUUGUGGCCGCGUCGGGCCUCGUCCUAG